GUCAGUACAACAGCUCCACACACAUUCAGUGGAGCUUGAUGUAAAGGAAUAAUUAAACCAACAUGUUAUCUAUUAACAGAGGGCAGUUUUAUUGUGGACUGUAUUAUUCUGGACUUUGAUCCUCCACCUUACUUUCCUUAGGAUGAGACGACACACAAACACACACACACACAGAGUUUCAGAGCUUCAGGAUGACUCAGAAGUGGGACAGAUUCCUCUUAAGCGCUCAGCUCAGGGACUUCAGUGUCUUGGUUUUGCAUCAUGCUGUUCUUCUUCUCCUAACACACCUUUGUGGAGGUCAGUCUGAGAUGAUCGGGCCACCUCAGCCAAUCGUGGGAAUCAUUGGUGGUGAUAUUAUUUUACCGUGUCACCUGGAGCCUCCUGCUGAUGUUACUGGCCUGACUGUGGAGUGGGCGAGAUCUGAUCUGAACCCAAGAUUUGUCCAUCUGAGGCGAGACGGUGUGGAGCUUCUGCUUGAUCAGAAUUCAUUGUACACGGGGAGAACAUCACUGUCGUCCAACAAACUGAAGACUGGAGACAUUUCUCUGAAACUCUCCAAUGUGAAAAUCUCUGAUGCAGGAACAUAUAAAUGCCUUGUUCCCAAGUUUGGAGCAGAGUCUGCAUUUGAGGUUGUUGUAGGUGCUGUGUCCUCACCUGAUGUGGAGAUUUCCACACUCAGCAAUGCAGUGGUGUUAGAGUGUGAGUCUAAAGGCUGGUAUCCAGAGCCUGAGGUGUUGUGGCUGGACGGUGAGGGAAACCUCCUCUCUGCUGGACCUACAGAGACAGUCAGAGGUCCUGAUGACCUCUAUACUGUCAGCAGCAGAGUGACUGUGGAGAAGAGACACAGCAACAGCUUCACCUGUAGAGUCCAACAGAACAAAACCAACCAGACCACAGAGACACACAUACAUAUAAAAGAUGAUUUCUUCAUGGUUUCAUCGAGUUCUCCAGUUCGUAUUGCUGUCAACCUGGUUGUUUGCUUCUCAUGUGUUCUUACAGUUUUCUUUGUUGCUUGGAAAAUCAGCAAAACCAAAGAGCAUCAGGAUGAAACUGAAUUAGGAGAAAGAAAGGCCAGGAUGACAACACUGGACUACAACACAGAACUUCAGCUUCUGAUGGAGGAACAUGGAGCCAGAGAUCAGCUCAUGACAGAAAGAGAGAAAAUGAAGUAUCUGGACACGACAAAGGCAAAACUUAAUGAGGCGUUAGAGGGGAGAGAGGAAGACCUGAAACAUUUGGAACAGGUGAUUUCAACACUGACAGAGCAGAAGAAGGAUCUGAAGCACCGGAGAGAGAAACUCAUCUCUCUACAGCAGGAGGUGAAGAUACAGAUAGAGAAUAUCAAGAAGAAGCUGAAGGAAACACCAAAAACAGACAAAGAGAAAAAAAUGCAGAAGCGUGAAAAUUACAAAGAGGAUCUGGAGAGGACAAAGACAGAAUAUGAGCAACUGUUCAAGAACACAGAGAAACUACUGGAGAGAACAGAGGAGAUGAUCAUUAAAAUGACAGAGAGGAAGGGAAAACUGGAGAUGGACAAGGAGAAAAUGACUAAACACCUGAAAGAGAUAGAGAGACAGAGAGAUGAGGUUCAGAGGAAACUUCAGUCAGAGUCAGAGCAGUCAGAGCAGUUAAAACAGUCAGAGCAGUUAAAACAGUCAGAGCAGUUAAAACAGUCAGAGAGAGAAGAGGAAGGAAAUGAUCCAUCAACCAAUGAUCCUCCAGUCCAACAGAUCUCCAGUUAAAAUCAGAAUCUGGUUUAUUCAGUUUAGAUCCACAGUUUUAUGAGUUAAGCAGUCUCUGUGAUCACAGUGACCUUUGUCUGAUCUCAGUUUGUAACCACCUAGAACAUAUUGUGCUGUAACAUUUGUUGUGAAUUCAUUUUUAAAUAGAUUUUGACCCUGAUGUUAUUCUAUGACCUGAUUUAUUUCAUUGUCCUGUUUCUGUCAGAUUAGAGUAAACACCGCCCUCUGGUGGUCAGAUCAGCUCAACGCUGAAAAAGUAAAAAAUACUGAGCCUCAUCAACAGAUCAGCAGUUUCCUCCAACACUCCCAAAUCCACAGGAAAAUAAAUCAUAAUGAAAAUAUCCAAACAACACUUUUUGUACUCACAGUUCCUGAUGUUUUAUUGUUGAGAAAUACUGAAAUACUUAUUGUGUCUUUUUAUAAUUAAUAAACGUGUUUUUUUAUGCUU